AAAACAAAAUGGCGCUAUCAAAACACAUCAUUAAAGCUCAGGAUAUUAUUUCAUGUGGCGUUUGUGAAUCCGAGACAAAAUUGAAAUGGAAGUGUUUAGAUUGUGACUUACUAAUGUGUAAUAAAUGCCGCGAGAAAAUUCAUCCAAAGUUUAAAAAUGCAGAUGACCACACCAUUUUAGAUAUAAAAGAAGUUGGAUGUAGUUUGGGUAAUAUUCAUCUUAACUUUACAGCCAUCAAAUGUAAAGAACACACAGCCCAAUCAUGCUGCCUUUUCUGCAGUACUUGUGACCAUCUUGUUUGCCCAAUAUGCAUCGCUAAAAUUCACACUGGGCAUAGUUUCUCUGAAAUAAAGGAAGUAUAUGACACGGAGCUAGACAAACUGAAGAAUAGAAAAUUGAAAAUUGAAAUAGCUGAAAAAGGACUUGCUGAUGACGAAAAAAAGCUCAACCAGUUGCGAAUAUCAGAGUCGUGUAAAGGUCGGAGAGUUUUACAAGACAUUCAAGCUCAGAAAGAAGAAUUAGUAGAACAUGCCGAUGAAUUUUCGAAAAAAGUACAUCAACAAAUGAAGUUCAAUGAAGAUUUCAUAUCUGAAGAACAGAAAAAGACAAUGGACUCUAGAGUAAAAAUGCAGAAAGAGUUUCAGAAAAUUGGUGAACUUAUUGAGUCCACAGAUCCUGCAAAGGUUUUUGAAAAUAUUGACAAAGUAAAGAUAUCUUUAGACACUGCCAUACAACCAAUUGACUUAAGCAAUAUUUGUACAUCACAAUUCAUGCCAAGAAAGUUAACGCCGUCAAUUUUUGGUUCUCUAACUGAUGUCUCUUGUGGAGAUAAACCUGAUAUUAUAAAAAUGAAAGUGAAAAAGCAGUUCGUCACUGGGUUAAAGUCUUGCCACUUUCUAUCUAUUUGUUCUGAUGGAUCAUGCUGGUUAGGUGAUGGUUUUAACAAAGUUUUACAAAGAAUGAAUAUUGAUGGAGACAACCCCACUACAGUAUCAACCAUAAAGACGGCAAUCAGAGGGAUAUCACUUACUCCUGAUGGCGAUAUUCUGCUAGCUAAUGCAACACCGAGGCUUAAACUUAUCAGACGAACCAGUGGAAAAGUCAAAGAGUCAAAAUAUAACGUGGACCCAUUAUCGAUUAUAUCAGUCCAUGUUACAAAAGGUAAAGUUAUUGUAGGCGCAAAGAGUACUGGUGAAGUAAUACCUGUCACAGGGAGAAGAGUCGUGAUUGUAAUGGAUAAAGACGGGAUCCAUGAAACUGUGUAUGAGUACGAUAAAAACAAACAGAGAUUACUGACAUUUCCAAACAGUAUAACCAGCACUAGUGACGGAUGUAUCUUUAUUGCAGAUUUUACUCAAGCAGAUAAAUGUAACAGCAGAAUAUUGGCACUUAAAAAAGAUGGAAGUAUAUUGAAUACAUACAACGGGCAUCCAGAUUUAAACAAUAAGAAUCAACCAUUUGAACCGGUUAUUAUAGCAAGUACGCUUUUAAAUAACAUUAUUAUACCAGAUGUAAACUGCCAUGCAUUUCAUAUUCUUGACAACUCUUGUAACCUGAUAUCGUACUAUAAAACAAGAGACAUGGGUAUAGAGUAUCCAUACUGUGUUGCUUUUACUUGUGCAACAACAUUUUAUCUUGGAUGUUCUCAACCAGUGAAUAGUUCCACAAAUGCUAAACUUUAUGAGAUUGAAUAUUCUGGUUUCUGAAACCUAUUAUCGCAAACAUUUUAAGCAUGCAUAAUCAGAUGAAGUUUGAAGCUAGUUGCAAUUAUGCAUACAGACUGUAGACAAUCAUUAAACUUAGAGGAGAAUCUUCUAGCUGUGUCAAUGUUGCUUAAUAUCAACUCUAAACUAUUAGUUAUGUUUUGCAUGAAGUUCAGAACAAUGUAUCAAAUCAAAUGAAAUGCAUAGGAAUUGUGUAUAAGAUACAUGAAAAUAAUGGGAUAAUUUUCAUCUAACCUUAUUAUUAAACUUCCUUGAAAAUCGACUUUCACAAACAGAAUGUUCAACAAAAAUACAAUAACAAUGAAAUAGAUUAAUCACAUUUAUAUGUUUUUCAUUCAGAUAAAUAAAUCUUGAAAAUGCAACCUUCAUCCACAAGUCACAGGUGUUUAUUUACAAACACCACGCAUAAUAAUGAGUAUUGUGAACAGAUAUAUAACACAAGCAUCAAUUUUACAAGACAAUUACACAUGCAUGUAUAUUUGAAGUGUUGCAUCUGCAUGUAUAAGAAAACGUUAAGUUUUGAUUCAGAAGGAUCAUAAUUUAUGUCAGAUUCAUCUAAUAAAUGACGAUAAAUAGAUUCAGUUUUGUAGUAGAAAAUAUCUCCUCAAUCGUUUGUUGAAAACUGCAAAUUCAAGGAAAUUUAACCAUAAUAUAAAUAAAAUGAAAACAACACGUUUUAAAUUUCAGUCGUCCGAAACGCUUUUCUGGCUUUACCAUCAUAACCAGGAACGCUCAAAGCCGAAAGC